UCCAGGCCAUGCAAUGCUAGUAUUGCAUUUUCAAUUAGCUUCUGAGUGAAUGCUUGGCAUAUGUAGAAGUGAACUGGUACACAAUUAGCUUAUUGUUCCUUUCAGCUUUGUGCUGAGAGGAUCUGAAGGACUGCAGAAGAGAGGGGAGAGGGGAGGGAAAAAAAAAAAAAAGUAAAUAGCCAAGCUGUCGGCAUCUCCGUGGAUGUGGAAUAAGGGAGUUGCUCGGCUCACGCAGAUUCCUGUGCUAAGUCGGGACUUACAGCUGUUACUGAGGAGCACCCAGCCUGGCUGUGGGGAGGGUACCCGGGGAGCGGCGCAGACCGAGUCCAGCUCCAGGCUCUUCUCUCGCCUGACUCACCUCAGCAUCACGAUGGAGCCCAACAGCCCUAAAAAAAUACAAUUUGCUGUGCCGCUGUUUCAGAGUCAAAUAGAUCCCGAGGCAGCUGAGCAGAUCAGGAAAAGAAGGCCUACACCAGCAUCCCUCGUCAUCAUGAAUGAACACGUGCCCCCAGAAAAAGAUGAGAAGAGAACAAACAUCUCACAGGCAGAGUCCCAGAGUGCCUCUCCCAAGCAGAGGAAGCAGAGCGUCUUCACCCCGCCUGCCCUCAAAGGGAUUAAGCAUCUGAAGAGUCAGAGUGAUUCAGCGUUUCCAGAGGAAGAAGAGGGAGUUAGUGAAAGGGAAGAGGAGUGGGGCCAUUAAAGAGCUUGGCACUGCCUCGGGUCCCGUCACGGAGAGUAACCGAACUGCGCGGCCAUGCGUGCGUCCCACCACCGGCCACUGCUUGUGUCCCCGCACCGCAGCGCUCGGCGCGCCGGCGGCGCCGGGGAUCCCUGGGGACCGCCCUCGGCUGGGUUUUACAGCCGCCUGCAAAUGUGUUCUGUGAUCCGUAUACCCGAAGACAAACCAGUUAUUUUAAAGUCUUUUUUUUUUUCUUUUCAUUUUCUAUGACUUAGAAAUGUAAUUUGCAAAUGUGCUAGCGACCUGACGUCAGUACUGCCAGAGCUUAACUACUGCGUGAGCUGUACUCUGAGACCUGUUGUAAAUAAAACUGAUUUGAAAGCUACAAAAUAAAUAAUAUGUUCAUUUAGACAAGAUUGUAUGGUGUACAAUGGAUUUGUUUAGCGUGCAGAGAAAUGUUCAUAUAAAAUAAUCCUUUCCAUUAAGGGCAGCUCUUACCAGUGUUGUUUGAGUUAUUUACAUUAAUGUAGAUAGAUACAAACAAAGCAGAGAGGACUCUUGGUCUAGUGAAGAAGGGUGCAAAGACAUUCUUCCCUCUGUUCCCUGGAUACGCAACACUUAAAGUAGCACUUGUCUCGCUUUUGGUCUGAGGCUGCCCAGUCACAUCAGCCAAAAAAAUUUCUCUUUUGAUUUGGGAAUCAGAGGAAACACCCCGUGAGGGGGGUCCCACACACCAGCUGAGCCACGGAAAAUGCUGAUACUCACCUUUGUCGCCUGCAGCCAGUCCAGGCACGGCCUCCUCUGAGAAAGAGGGACAGACUACCCUGCCUUUGUCACAGUUUCAGCUGGUAAAUGGCAGUAUAUCAAGCUGCAGUGAUUUAUGUUCUGUCUGAGACCUAGGGUUUUUGGUUCAAGUUUGGCAUGGUUCGCAGUAACAUUGUCAUUUGUCAGACCAUGCAAACUCUGGGCCGUAAAAUGAAAUAAAGUGGAGAAGGAAAACCAUGUUUCUUCAAAGUCAUGCUUGACAGAUCAGUUCCUUUUUUAUCAAUGGCCAAUUUUUAGAGCAAUUCACUGUCUUUUUGUAUUAACUGUUUGCCUUUGAUAUGAAGUUUUAGCCUCUGCUUAGCUUUCCAAUGCUUAAAGUCUCUUUUAAAGGACUGAGAUAGGGGAAAAAAAAAAGAAAAAAAAAAGAGAGGAAGUGUAUAAAAACACACAGAGCCUUUUGUCUAUGCCUUGCGUGGUGGUUUCACUCUCAAUCUGAGCUCUUCCAUGAAGACCUGCUGGGAACAGGAUCUGUCAACAAGAGUUUCUUUAUAUUCGGGAGCCCUCUUUUUGCCCUCCAUCCGUAUGUCUGUCCUCUUUGUUGCCGUUUUCUGUAGAAACACUGCAAACAGGAUCUGUGACUCCAGCUCAGCAUGGGUGUGCAAGACGGACUAAAAGAAGAACUCUUCAGUUGUACAGAACCAGCUACGGAACUCAGGGGACUGAGGGCUUUUUAUAUCACAAACAACAAAAAGAAGGAAGUGACCCUUCAGAAAACAUUUGAAUAGACCAAAAUUAAGACUGGAACAGUAGCAAGAAGAGCUGGGCUCUAGCCCCAGCUUUGCUCUCACACAGCAACCAGGCUCUGGUUGCCACAGUACUCCCACCUGUAAAACAGUCAUCGGUGUUUAACCUCGCACCAUCUAUCUGUGUUGCUAGUUAAUAAAGAGCUUUUGAUAUUAAUGGCUUUUUCCUGGUUAUUAGUACCCAUAGGCCAGAUGAGGACCGUCUAGGACAAAUGAAAAACGUAGAUGAAUUAUAAUACUUGAUACCAAGACAAGGUAUCGAACACUUUGGAAUCUCAACAUUUCAAAGGCAACACAAAACACCUGAUAAGAGCUUGGAGAA